AAUUCUUCCUGCUCACCUUAGGAAUACUAAUUAUAAAUGCAACAGUCGAGGAGGGCUGGGAAAAUAAAUUCUUGGUGGAACAAUCAUGGGGAAACGAAAAAUUUCAAAAAGAAAAAAGUUCUGAAGGAGUCCAAUCAGAAAAUGAGUUGUUUGCACUGCGUGAAAAUCCAGUGAGAAAAAUCCGCGUGAAAAGACAAGAUGAAAAUAUUACACAUUGCUACGAAAAGCUUGACCUAGGGUUUAUAUUGGACAGCUCUGGUAGCAUUGGAUCAACCGAUUAUGGCAAAAUGAAAUCUUUUGUGAAAGAUCUCACCGAUCAUUUCGUGAUUUCACAAUCAUACACAAGAGUUUCAGUUAUUUCAUAUGCGUCGUCUUCCUCAUUAAAUUUUCCAUUUUCACGUGUAUUUGGUUCUCGAGAAGAUCUUCAUUCAGCAAUAGAUAACAUUCCCUACACUGGUGGUGGUACUAAUACCGCUUCAGCCUUGGCACAAGCGUUGUCAGAGAUGUUCAAUUCCAAUAACGGGGCCCGACUUUCAGAUGCGAGAAAAGUUUUAAUCGUUCUCACUGACGGUCAAAGCAGUGGUAGUGUUGAUCAGCCAGCUCAAAACUUAAAAAACAUCGGGGUCAACAUAUUUUCUGUUGGAGUUGGUUCAGGGAUCGAUCAAUCAGAACUAGAAACAAUGGGAUCCGCUCCAGCAGAUGAACAUGUGUAUAUGCUGAGCAAUUUUAAUGAAUUUUCAACGCUAGCAAAGAAAAUGUCACGGACGACUUGUAAUGCAAUGUCGUAUUUGGUAAUAUGCAGGAAAGAUAAUGUUACGGUGAUAAUUGGAAGGCACAAAUUAUCAUCUCUGGAUCUUAACAACACUCAUCUUGCUGAUAGUUCGUGUAAAGCAAGCUACAAUGCAUCACACGUGUUUAUAACGACGGCGUUGAAUGAAUGUGGAACGACGUAUUCGGAGACGGAUCAACAAAUGUUCUAUAACAAUACUUUAACUGCAGCCGCUCCAAUCUCUCCAGGGUCUGUCAUUACAAGGGAACAGUCAUUCGUUUUCAGCUUCAAAUGUGCUUAUAGUCGUUUAAUCAGUGUCAGCGGUUUAAAAUUUGAGCCUCCGAAACCAGAGAUAGUAAUUAAGCAAAGCAGUCUGGGAAACUUUACCGUGAAAUUGGGUUCUUACACCGACGCUGGCUUUCUUUCUUCUUCUUCGGAGGAUUAUCCUGCAUUUAAAAGCUUUUCCGAUCGUAUCAACAUCCAGUAUUAUGUGGAUACCCAAAACCCUGAUAUAGUUGUACGCGCCGAGACAUGCCGUGCAACGCCAAGUAGCAAGUCAUACGACACACCUCAGUAUGAAUUCAUGUCUGGCGGCUGUGGCAAAGAUUCGACUAUCAUCCAUGAUACAAGUGGUUUGCAAAAAAGUCAUAGAUUUAGCAUCCAGGUUUUCCGAUUUAUUGCUAACCACACUUUCGUUUAUAUCCAUUGUGACCUUCGAUUAUGUAACAGAAACGUUCCAGAUUCCAUUUGUGCAAAAAGUACCAGUUGUUCUAACAGACGAAAACGUCGCGAUGUAGGUGACGCUACUGACAAAGCCUACAAACUUUCAAUUGGCCCCAUUAUGUAUCGAGAGGAAACGAAAAAGCAAGAUAAAAAGGACCAGAAUGGCAAUGACGAAGCUGUUCAGUCCGGGGACAGUCCUGUCAUGUUUGCCAUACUGGCUUGUGCCGCUGUUAUUGUUGUUGCGCUAUCUCUGACUGUCGUCGUGUUGGUCAGAAGACGUCGCAGGGGCAGUUUAACGGCGUCCGUUGAAAAGAUUCCAACGGAAUUCCCUGCUAAAAAAGUGGAAGAACUUGGCUGCAGCAACGUGACAGGAGAAUAAAAACAUUCCUUUUUGAUUCAAUAAUGCAUUAUAUAAACGUCUAAUAAGCUAUCAUUUAGGAACAAACGUUAAGUUAAAGACAUUAAGAAAUAUGCAUGUAUAAUUAGGAAAUCCUUCACUCAAGGAAGUAUAAUAUUCAACGUAGAUCUAACCUCAUUUCCGCUUGAUGAGAUGUUACAAAUAUACCAUAACCAUUGCUAAUUGCUAAAUACUAAAUAUUCAACAAUUAUUGUUAUUCAGAUGCUGUGUGUUUAAUUAUGAUUGGUUCAUUCGUAGUCACACGACUUUAAAUUAUUGCAAUGUUUCUCGCCAGGCUGACAAGUGAAAAAUUGUCGCCCCAAUUACCGUCUCCCGUAUACGCCACUGACACUAUCCACUUCGUCUCGGGAAAUAUUCAGACUCUUGGGAAAACAAAAUUCACUAUUUUCCUCGGGAGCAUAUAUUAAGUGAAUAUUAUUUGCCAAAGGCAGGGUAAAUAUUACUGAUUUAAUACCAAGACAAAUUUAAGGUUUUUAUU